UUUGGCACCUCCUUCCCAAGCGGCAGUGUGCAAACGCCCUAUUAAAUUGGGACGUGCGCAAGUCGGAGCCACUUUGGUAAGGUGUCGCCCGGAGUUUGCCGAUUGUUCAGGAUGCCUUUCGGAGGAGGAAACAAAUGUGGUGUGUGCCAGAAGACUGUCUACUUUGCCGAGGAAGUGCAGUGUGAUGGAAAAAGCUUUCACAAGUCAUGUUUCUUGUGCAUGGUGUGCAAGAAGAACCUGGACAGUACCACAGUAGCUGUUCAUGGAGAAGAGAUCUACUGCAAAGCUUGCUAUGCCAAGAAGUAUGGUCCGAAAGGCUAUGGUUAUGGACAAGGAGCAGGAACGCUGAGCAUGGACAAGGGCGAGGCACUUGGGAUAAAGCAUGAUGAACAGGAAUCUCAUCGACCAACCAACAACCCUAACACUUCAAAAUUUGCCCAGAAAUUUGGAGGCUCUGAGGUUUGCCCUCGCUGCAGCCAGGCUGUUUAUGCUGCUGAAAAAGUUGUUGGAGCAGGCAAGGCCUGGCACAAGUCCUGCUUCCGCUGUGCAAAGUGUGGCAAGGGCCUGGAGUCCACUACCUUGGCAGACAAGGAUGGCGAGAUUUUCUGCAAAGGAUGUUAUGCCAAAAACUUUGGACCUAAAGGAUUUGGAUUUGGCCAAGGUGCUGGAGCAUUGGCUUAUUCCCAGUAAAGCAUGAAGCCAUCUAAAGACUGCGCUGAAAAAAAAAAUCAUUUCAUGUUCAAGCUUCUUUCUUUGCGCAAGCUCAUUUGCAGAUCCUGUUCUGCUGGCCUUCCCAUGCAGAGACUCUUGCCUUCAUUCACAAUCAUUUACUUGUUUGAAACAGUGAUUGUGUCUAAUGUGUCUUCUGCAAAUUAUUUGGGCCGCGGCCACUUUAUUCACUUGUUUGUGUCUUUUUGCUUGCUCCGGCUCUAGCUGCCUGCUUCUGUAUUGUAGUUGCAUGUGGCUCCAUUUACAUAUGUGAGGUUGAAACAUUGCUGAUAUCAUCCAUAAAGACUGAAGAUGCAGAAAGGCAGACAUUGCUUUGCAAGUGCCUAUUUAUUCGCAAGACGGAUGUGUAUUUACCAGACCCAAUCAGUAAUAAACAUUUGCCUUGAGAACUAU